GUUUCACUUUACGUAAUGACGUCACUGUGUGGGGUCCGCUGUGAUGGCAGCCGUAGGUUGACAUCAAGCCCCACUGAAUAUAAAAGUAUUUCAAAGUUGGCGGAACACCCCCCUCCCCUCCCUGCUGACAGAUAUCACAGAACACACGGCCAGCUUUCAGAUAGCACACGCUCAAACACGCGCGCGCCCGUUUCGGGGAACGGUGAGUCAACGAAACAAAACCUUUGCAGUCUCCCAAAAAAAAAAAAAAGAAAAGAAGUGACGCCCCGGCGUGUGUGCGCGCGCGCGCACUGCUGCUACUUACUCGUGCCUGUCCUGUUGUACAACCACUCCUGUGUAGUUGAUCGAAACUAAUGUUUUGUGUGAGAAAACCGCACAGUCGCCACUCCUCUUGUUCGGAAGUUUUACCUCCAACCCGCUAACUGUUAACAGUGGCACUAUGCCCGCAGCCACUGUAGACCACAGCCAAAGAAUAUGUGAGGUCUGGGCCAGUAACCUGGAAGAGGAGCUCAAGAGAAUCCGGCACGUCAUCCGAAAGUACAACUACAUCGCAAUGGACACAGAGUUUCCAGGAGUUGUAGCCCGACCCAUCGGAGAGUUCCGGAGCAAUGCCGACUAUCAGUACCAGUUGCUGCGCUGCAACGUGGACCUGCUGAAGAUCAUCCAGCUGGGCCUGACCUUCAUGAACGAGCAGGGAGAGUACCCCCCCGGGACGUCAACGUGGCAGUUCAACUUUAAGUUUAGCCUCACAGAGGACAUGUACGCGCAGGACUCCAUCGAGCUCCUGACCACUUCAGGAAUUCAGUUCAAGAAGCACGAGGAAGAAGGCAUCGAGACGCUGUUCUUUGCAGAGCUGCUGAUGACAUCAGGAGUGGUGCUCUGUGACGGAAUCAAGUGGCUCUCCUUCCAUAGCGGCUACGACUUUGGAUACUUGAUCAAAAUUCUUUCUAAUGCAAACCUACCGGAGGAGGAGGCUGAUUUCUUUGAGAUUCUCCGCUUGUACUUCCCGGUCAUCUACGAUGUCAAGUACCUCAUGAAGAGCUGCAAAAACCUGAAGGGCGGGCUGCAGGAAGUCGCCGAGCAGCUGGAGCUGGAGAGGAUCGGACCCCAGCAUCAGGCCGGCUCUGACUCCUUACUCACAGGCAUGGCGUUUUUCAAGAUGAGAGAGAUGUUCUUUGAGGAUCACAUCGACGAUGCAAAGUACUGUGGUCACCUGUACGGCCUGGGCUCCGCCUCUGCCUACGUCCAGAACGGAACGGGAAACGCGUACGAGGAGGAGGCCAACAAGCAGCUGUCGUGACGGCGCCCCGUCGCUCUCCCGCCGCCACGGCACAGAGUCCGACCUCCGGCGGCCAGCUGACGAAACGGCGAACGAACCACAACGACGUGUGCAGCGUCAUUCAGCAAGCCGUUCCCUCAGAAUGGCAGCCGCCGGAGCCGAUGGUGCCCGCCGAGGCUUUUAUUCCUACAGACCAUGUGCUGUUCAGUUCCAUUUAACAUGCUUGAAAAGAUGGGAUUUUAGUUUUCCUAAAGUGUUCUGUAGAAAUGUUCAUGCACUUUAAAGCUCUGACCUGAUUUUAUGUGGAAAGCUGAACAUGUUCCUGGUGUGCGUCUCUCCUCUUGUGUUCCCUUUCAACAUUUUUCUUGUUUUUUACGUUGUGAAUAUGUGAAAAAAAAAAACCUUUAACUCCACCACACUCAGCCUUAAAGCAGAGCUGCGUCCUUCCGUUUUAACCCCCCCCCCCCCGUUAUAAUUUUUUUAAUUGUGAGCUCAACACAACGACCCCACAUUCAUCAGAGCAGGAAUCUGUGCGUUUACAUGCAUGAUAAUCUGUGCGUUUCACUCUCAUAAAGGAGGUUUUCCUGUAAAGAAGCUCCUUCCUCCUCCUCUGGAUGAAGAAGGAAAAAAAAAAGUUUUUCUGUUGCAUUUCUGAAAAUGUUCAACAGCUACUAGAAUGUAGGAAAGUGUGUGUGGAACCGCCUUCAUUCAAAGUGAUUCAUAGCUCCGCCCCCUUAGGUGUGUGGGGGCUUAAAAAUUACUCUCUUCAGAGUGAACUUUCAGUUUUAUUGCAAUCUAGGUUUUGUAACAUUUCAGUGUUGGAAUAAAA